GUCCUGUGGAAAAACAUACAAAUCUACUUAAAGAAGACAAAUGCAGUUGCUCAUAGGGAGCGUUUCAAGACUGGUAAGAUGAGAUGAGCUGGUGGACUUGUUGACCGGGAUCAUUGAUAGCCAGCAACCCCUGGAAGGUAUCUCCGAUGAUGACCAUUUUGACAGUUCAGAUGGGGGACCAUUCCAAUCCUCAUUU